AUUAAUUACGUGUACAAAUUUUCAGCCCAUCAAACGGGCGACACUAUUAAACUUGCUCUAAAGGGUGAUGAUGAGCUAUCCAUUUCACUCAUUUAUUCAUUCACAUUCUUGCAUGAUUGAACACUCCCUUUCAUCCCUCAUAACCCCUUUUGACAACAUAGAAAGAGGGGCAGAGACAGACAGACCCCUUUUGAUACUACUUUAGUCAGACAGAGCCCCAGAGAGAGAGAGAGGGGGGGAUCUACUACUACUCCACUCCACUCACUCACUCUAGAGUGAGUAGAGCCUAGCUAUCUAUCCAACCAUCUUCUCUUCCUUCCCUCUUUACAACAAGAGAGUUUUUGGUGAACUACCAUCCUACUAUCCCUAACCAAUCCAAAACCCUCAUUCCCUUCUUAUGCCCUCAAAUCUCCAUGCAUGCCAUUGGCAUCUCCAUUCCAUGUCGUCGUCCAUGGCGAUCUCGUUGCUGCUGCUCCUCCUCCUCCUUGGCGCCGGCCACAUGACCCAGCCGACGGCGGCGGCGCUCAACCAGGACGGCGUGCUGCUCCUCUCCUUCAAGUUCUCGCUCUUGGCUGACCCGCUCGCCUCCCUCGCCGGCUGGGGCUACUCCGACGACACGCCCUGCGCCUGGAACGGCGUCGUCUGCAUGGCCUUCCCGUCGUCGUCGGCGUCGGAGGCGGCGAGGGUGGUGAGCGUCGUCCUGCCCAACGCGCAGCUGGUCGGCCCCAUUGCCAGGGAGCUCGGCCUCAUCGAGCACCUCCGCCACCUCGACCUCUCCGGCAACGCGCUCAACGGCACCGUCCCCGUCGAGCUGCUGCGCGCGCCGGAGCUCCGCGUGCUCUCGCUCGCCGGCAACGGCAUCAACGGCGCCCUGCCCGACCAGGUCGGCCAGCUCCGCAGCCUCCGCGCGCUCAACCUCGCCGGGAACGCCCUCUCCGGCCCCAUCCCGGCGAACCUCACCCUGCUCCCCAACCUCACCGCCGUCUCCUUGGCCAACAACUUCUUCUCCGGCGCGCUCCCCGUCGGGGGCUUCCCGGCGCUGCAGGUGCUCGACGUCAGCUCCAACCUCCUCAACGGCACGCUCCCGCCGGACUUCGGCGGCGCCGCGCUGCGCUACGUCAACCUCUCCUCCAACCGCCUCGCCGGCGCCAUCCCGCCGGAGAUGGCGUCGCGCCUGCCGCCCAACGUCACCAUCGACCUCUCCUACAACAACCUCACCGGCGCCAUUCCCACGCUGGCGCCCUUCACCGUGCAGAGGCCCACGGCGUUCGCGGGCAACGCCGAGCUGUGCGGGAGGCCGCUCGACAGCCUCUGCGCCUCCGCCGCGGAUCCACCCAUCAAUGGCACGGCACGCUCGCCGCCGGCCAUCGCGGCGAUACCCAAGAACCCCACCGAGGCGCUGCCCGGCGAUGACACCGGAGCGCCGGCGUCAGGAUCAGGCCAGCAGGGCAGGAUGAGGAUGGCCACCAUCAUCGCCAUCGCCGCCGGCGACGUGGCCGGCAUCGCCGUCCUGGUGGUGGUGUUCAUGUACGUGUACCAGGUGAGGAAGAAGAGGCAGCGGGAGGAGGCGGCGAAGCAGAGGAUGGGCGUCGUGUUCAAGAAGCCGGAGCCCGACGAGUCGCCGGACGGCAUCGGCCGGAGCCUGUCGUGCUGCCUGCGGAAGAAGGCCGGAGACGAGAGCGACAGCACGGAGGAGGUGACUGACACGUCGGCGUCCAAGGAGGGCGUCGUCGCCGCCAAGGCCAAGACGGACGACAAGAAGGGCAAGGACGGCGGCGGCGGCGCGGUGCUGGUGACGGUGGACGGAGAGGUGGAGCUGGAGAUGGAGACGCUGCUGAAGGCGUCGGCGUACAUCCUGGGCGCGGCGGGCAGCAGCAUCGUGUACAAGGCGGUGCUGGCCGACGGCGCCGUGCUGGCGGUGCGCAGGAUCGGCAGCGACGACGCCGGCGUGAGGCGGUUCAGCGAGUUCGACGCCCACAUGCGCGCCAUCGCCAGGCUCCGCCACGCCAACAUCCUCCGCCUCCGCGGCUUCUACUGGGGACCCGACGAGAUGCUCCUCAUCCACGACUUCGCCGCCAAUGGCAGCCUCGCCAACAUCUCCGUCAAGAGGAAGACGGGGUCGUCGCCGAUCAGCCUGAGUUGGAGCUCGCGGCUGCGCAUCGCGCGCGGCGUGGCGAGAGGGCUGGCCUUCCUCCACGACAAGAAGUUCGUGCACGGCAACGUUCGCCCCAGCAACAUCCUGCUCGACGCCGACAUGGAGCCGCUAUUGGCGGACCUCGGGAUCCACCGGCUCAUCCGCGGCGGGGACACGCUCAAGCCGGCGGCUGCGGCGGGGGCGGGGCGGUUCGGGAGCAAGCGGUCGGCGAAGAGCUUGCCGGACCUGUCGCCGCCGCCGGGCGCGAGCCCGCUGGCGGGGCCGUCCGGGUCCGGCGACACAGCGGUGGCGCAGUACCAGGCGCCGGAGGGCGUGAAGAACCCCAAGGCGAACGCCAAGUGGGACGUCUACUCCUUGGGCAUGGUGCUCCUCGAGCUGGUCGCCGGGCGCGCGCUGACGAGCCUGGAGCUCUGCCAGUGGAGCUCCGCGGAGGAGAGCGGGCAGCAGGUGUUCCGGCUGGCCGACGCGGCGCUGCGCGGGGAGAUGGCCGGGAGGGAGGAGGCGCUGGCGAGCUGCCUCCGGCUGGGGUUCGCGUGCUGCGCCAUGGCGCCGCACAAGAGGCCGUCCAUGAAGGAGGUGGUGGCGGCGAUGGACAGGAUACCGUCGCCGUCGUCGUCGGCUCAGUGACGCACGCACGCCGUUCAUUCUUCAUCUCUUUUUUCUCCUCCAUGUCCCAAACCUGUAAACUUGUUGAGUUCUUGAUGCUUUGCACCAUGCAUGUAGUAGUUUGCUCGCUGUUGGUUUUGCCAUGGUUUUCCAGCCCAAUUUCUGAAAGGAAUUGGUGUGUUUUGUUCAUACCAUCAUAUUAUCUUUGCCUGUUAAUAUGAGUUGAUUAUUCAUUUGCA